AUGGCCGAGUUCGCUGCUGUUGGGGUCGCAGCCAGCGUUCUGCAGGUGAUCGACUUUGGCACUCGCUUCAUUGCUACUGCCUGGCAACUCAGCAGAUCCGAGCACGAUUUUCUCAUGAGUCUUGAAGACCUACGUAAAACGUCGGACAACUUUAGAGAUGCCCAGCGCACUCUGGAGAGCACCGAUCCGGGAUCGAACAAGGCGGUAGAGUCACUGGUGCAGAAAAGCGUUGCCAUUUCUGAGGAAAUGACCAAUUCUCUGGACAAGAUCGGUCGGGGGCGGAGCGCUUUGAAGAAAGCCUGGCUUACACUGUGGAAGGAGGAGAAGCUCAAGACUCUCGAAGUGAGGCUGAGAGAAGUGCAGCUGGACUUGACCUUUCACAUGACAGUCGACCUCAGAUCAGUCGUGCGAGACAGCGCGGAGAAACAGGACCAAAUACUACAAGAGCUCCGUAAGUCAAGCUCAAACAACUCAACAGAGAAGGCAGAAGCCCCAAUCGACUCAAAUUUGGGUUAUGGAGCUUCGAUAGUUGAGUGCUUGACUGACGGCCUUCAACUCCAUGAGAAGAUCAAGUCAGAGCUCAUUGGCGAUCUGGUUGCAAACAUAUACAACUUGGAGGGAGAAUAUCCGCUUCUCUCUGAUGCUUCGGACAUCCAACUAUCUGAUGAAAGGAGGACCAAGUUGGAGCAACUGUUUAUCUCCAGACUCUGCUACGACACUAUGCAAGAGAGAGAAUUGACCAUCAAAGAUGCCCACAAAGGCACGUUCCGUUGGGUCUUUGAGGAUGGAGAUGUUACCGGCUUUAAGAACUGGCUCGUGUCCGACGAAACACUUUACUGGAUUACCGGGAAACCAGGAUCAGGCAAGUCCACUCUAAUGAGAUAUCUUCUUCAACCUGUCAGCCAGAACCAAGAUGGCAAUAGUGGAUCGACCACAAGAUCUACGAGCUCAGAGAUUGCGAUUCUCCCUCAUGGCAGGUGUGAGGAGCAUCUAAAACAAUGGGCCGGCAAUAAUGAUAAGCUCACGGUCGUCUCCUUUCACUUUUGGGCGGUUGGAUCAAAGCUGCAAAGCUCUCAAGAGGGUCUCUUCCGAACACUGCUUGUGCAACUCCUCCGUGCCCACCCAGAGGCCAUUCCCAUAGUUGCCCCGUUGCGAUGGGAGUCUCUAUGUCUCUUCAACCUCGAUCCGAAAGGUUUCAGUCAUAUUGAGCUAGGUGACAUGUUCCAACAAGCAAUUGCCUACAUUAGUACUCGUGCUAAACUUGCCAUGUUCAUCGAUGGCUUGGACGAGUUCGAGGGAAACUGCCAUGACCUCAUUUCUCUCGUGCAGAGAUGCGUGGAAUCUCCCAUCAAGAUAUGCAUCUCAAGCCGUCCUUGGGUAGAGUUUGAGGGGGCCUUCGGGGACUGCCCUAGGCUCAAGAUGGAGGACUUGUCUCACCAGGAUAUCUCGAAUUACGUCUCUGCGAAGUUUGAAGCCGAUGCUCAGUUCAAAAGUCUGCAGCGAAGGCAAGCCCGCGUCGCCACGGAACUGGUUGAGUCUAUCGUUAAGAAGUCCAGUGGCGUGUUCUUGUGGGUUACCAUUGUUGUAGCCUCUCUUCUUGCAGGUAUAGGAGCAGGCGAUCGUGUUGAAGAUCUGCAGAAGCGGCUUCGUCUACUUCCAGCAGAAAUCAAGAACCUGUACGAAAGGAUACUUGAGAAUAUUGAUUCUGGAUACCGCGAGCAUACUGCCCAGCUACUCAAACUGAUGGCGGCAUUCGAGACGCAGCCUUCGCCACUGCUGUUUUGGUAUGCAGACGAGGUGGACUUCAUGGGCCGAGCCAUCAACGAAGAUCUCACUACAGUAUCGCGUCAUGAGGUAUUGGAACGCAUAGAAGACAUUCGUCGCCGCCUCAACAGCCGAUGCAAGGGUUUGCUCGAGAUUAAUAAGAGCGUAACCACAACGACUCAUUCUAGCUCGCACUUUGGAGGCACUGUUGAUUAUCUACACAAGACCGUAUAUGAGUUUGUCUGCAGUCGCAGAACCCAACGAAGGCUUCGGAGAUAUCUCAAAAAGCCGUACGAUGCCAAUCUCAGAGUCGCGGCGGCGUAUGCUGCCUUGGCGAAGGGUGCAGUGAAUUGGACAAACACAAAGUCCAGGAUCAGAGAUGUUCAGAAGAGUCAUUUUAGUUUAAGUCUCAUUUCCUGCUUGGAUUAUGCCUCAAGGGUACCUCCCGGUUCAAGUAAGCAAGUUGUACGAUUGCUCGAUCAUCUAACCUGCGUCGGCCCUGUCCUGCCUCACGAUAUAUGGCAACUGGUAAAUGACACCAGACCUCACAUACUGCACAAACUCCCGACAGACUCGUGGGCAAAGCACUUGGCUUCUCUUGAUCCCUACACCGUCCUGAAAAACAGCUCUAGCGAGAAGAUGCUGUGCCUGGCAACUUCAAUGUCAGUGGUAGAAUAUGUCAAGGCAAGAGCAAAGCCGGGAGGUUGUGUUGCCACUCAUCGCGCAACGACUACUUCAAAGCGAAACGGGUUGGAAGGGUUGGGUCUGCUGGCAGGGCGAAUGCUAGGUAAAUGGUUUGGCUACAACAAAGUUUCCCUUCUCUCUCUUGUCUGCUUGUCCGAUUCAAACAGCAAGCGGAUACUUGAACACUUGCUUGACAAAGGAGCAAAGCCAAACAUGAGGUUUUCGAAACCUAGCGGUUUUACUCUAGUCCGAUUGACGCCGUGGGAAGAAAUCUUGGCUGAGGCUUUCAGGUACUGUAUCGCAUACGAGGAGGACAACAAGCAAAAAGACAACGUGCUGAGAUGUGUGCGUCUGAUGCUGGACGCGGGGGCCAAAGUCAAUCUCAAAACGGUCAAAACAGCAAGCAAGCAUGCUUCAUCAAAUAUAGACGAGGAAGACGCGUACCGAUGCCUCAAGCGCAUGAAAGCAGAUCCAGAUGCUCGGCUUGAAGUUGUGGUGAAUGAAGGUCCGAUCACGAGUUCAUAUUGCACCCAACUUACCCGAUCGAUUUCCUCCGUAUCCUCAUAUACCAUUUCAACAGCUUCAAGUGUGUAG